AUGACUGGCCUCCAGGUCCCGGACCUUGCCAGCACGCUGCGCAACCGAUUGCAGAACCCACAGCACAUCCGGGACCCACUUCCGGCUCCACGCAUAUUUGAGUACUGCGGGAAGCGGUACUUGUUGAAGCACAUGGCGUUCCUUCCAGCACCGCCCGUCCUUCCGGCACCACUCGUGUCUGUGCCUAUGCCAGUGCCCACGCCAGGUGCUGCACCGGCUGGGUGGGUCGUGCCUCCACCACCUGCCACACCCCCACCAGACGAGACCAUGAUUCCUCCACCACCGCCUCCCCUUGUGCCUGCUACGACUUCCCAGGCCCCGAGCCCACCGUCUUCGCCGCCGACCUUUGCUCCGGCCACGCCGCCGAUGGCACCGGUUGUGGUUGGGGCUGUCCGCACCUUCUCGGAUGUGGAGGAUGAGCUGAACAAAGAGGAUCCGAAGGAGAAGUGCAAGAAGAAAAAGAAUCGAGCAGAUUGGUGGGACGGCUUCUGGGACUACCCUGCACGUGACUGGUGGGCCUGGCCCCACUACGCCUACGAUGGAGGAGACUGGUACUACCAAUCCUACGGCAAAGGAGGCUACCAGCCUUCUUCCGGAAAGGGCCACCAGAGAAGUGGAGGUGCCAAAGGCAAAGGUGGGAAGAGCAAGGCCAAAGGCGGCAAAGCAGCCUCUCCGGUGGCUGCAGCUCCUACUACGCAGCAGCCCACCGCUGCCGAGAGCUCCACGGUCACGAAAGCCUUCAAGUUCCAGAUCCACGGGGAACGGCGGAAGUUGACCGUGUCUCACUUCUAUCCUUGCCUAGUGUCGUUACCCGACGGUGAGCUGGAGCUCACGCUUUGUGGGCAUUCGUCCAUGGUCCGCUGCCUUGCAGAGAAUGCGAUCUACCUGGCCAGUGGCGGCGAUGAUCGCAGCAUUUGCAUUUGGCGGCGAGACGCGAUUGCAAACAAGCGCGGGCAGGCGGAGUGCAGCAGCCGCAUCGUGAGCCAUACAGACUUUGUCCGCGCAGUUGCACUUUGCAGCAGCUUCCCCGAGCGGCUACUGUCUGCAAGUGAUGACCAGCGAGUUAUCCUGUGGAAUCUCCAUAGCAAAGAGAAGCUCCGCGAGUACCAGCACCCAUGCAGUGUUGCGGCAGUGGUGCUGAUGGGCCCUUCACUGGCAACUGCCGGCGAGGACGGAAGACUUCGGAUUUGGCAGACUGCCCCACGUCGGCAUGCAAUCGUGAGCACCGGCAGUGCCGGGAAAAGCGCGUGUUCCCACAUGAUUUCACAGUCAUUAUCAUUCUGGUCAUCAUUUUCAUUAUGCUACGGUAAUUACCAUUAUUUUUUGUUUUACGCACUAUCGCCAAUCCUCCGCCAGCUCCCAAGUGCAAUCAGGCAUCGACCAAUCCUUUGA